AUGAAUUUAAUAAACAACAAUACCAAUUCGUCUUAUAUGUUUCAAGAACAUACAAACAUUUCAACUUGUUAUUUCCUUUUAAAUGUUACAAAUUGGAACAUUACAAAUAAUAUUAUAACGUGUUGUUUAACAUUAGCUACAAUCAUUAUAUUUUUUGGUAAUCUACUUAUUAUUUUAUGUGUAGCUACUAGAAAUAGACUUAGACGAAUUUGUGAUCAAUAUAUAGCUUCCUUAGCAUUAGCUGACUUUCUUGUAUCAGUUUUCGUUUUACCAUUUGCAAUUAUACGUCAAAAUCUUGGUUAUUGGCCAUUCGAAUCAGCAUUUUUAUGUCAAUUUUAUAUAUCCUCUGAUAUAUUUUUGUGUAUGUCAUCUAUCUUAAAUUUAUGUUGUAUAUCAAUCGAUCGAUAUAUUGCAAUCGGUUAUCCAUUACAAUAUAUUACAAAAAAAUCACGUCGAAUAUCAAUUAUAAUGAUACUAAUAGCAUGGUUUAUACCAAGUUUUUCUAUAUUACCACCAUUAUUUGGAGUAGAUAAACAUGUAACUGGAGUUGGUUGUUGUUAUAUAAGUUAUAGUAAAGAAUAUAGAAUCUAUUCAUCAGUAUUAGCCUAUUUUCUGCCUAUAAUCUUAAUUGGUUAUGUACAUUUAAGAAUAUUUUAUAUAAUUAAAAGACGUUCGAAAGUAUUUCAUCAAUUUGAAAUCAAUUCACAAAAACAUUAUAAUUGGACUAAUUUAUCAAAUUUGAUAUCAUCGUUCAAUUGUGCAAAAAUAACACUUCAAUUAAAAAUAACGAAUCAUUUAUCAAAACAAUUUACAAAAACAAAUAAAUUAAAUAAUGAUAUAUCUUUACUUCAUUUAAAUAAUACUAAUAGUAAUGAUGAUGAUGUAAUAGAUACAUAUUCUUAUACAUAUAGUUGUACAAAUGAUUGUAUCAAUAGUAUAGAUAUAUAUCAUACAAAUAAAAUGGAUUUACAUUAUGAUAUAUCUAAUGAAUCAGAAAUUAAUGAACCAGAACCUGUUGAUGCAAAAUUAAAAGUUUUGCAUAUAUUUCAUAUACCUAUAACAGAACAUGAAUUAAUUGAAGAAUCUAAAUUAGACAAAACUUUAUCAAAUAAACAUAAACCAUCAAAAAUCAGAUGUUUCCAUGGUAUUAUUACAAAUUUUUUAAAAAUGUAUAAAAAUAUAAAAUCAAUAUUUUAUUUAUCAAAAUUUCAUUAUUUACAUAAACAUCAAAAUCUAUCAUUAUUACAUAAUAAAUUUGUUUAUGAAAGAAAACAUAGAAAAAUGCUAAAAAAACAAUAUCAAUUACAUGAAAAAUUUAUAUUUAAUAGAGAACAAAAAACAGUUCGAACUGUCACUAUAGUUAUAGGAUGUUUUACUAUAUGUUGGACACCAUUUUUUAUAUUUUAUUUAAGUGAAGCAUUAUGUGAUUGUACAUUUUCAGAGGAAUUAUAUGCUAUAGUUACUUGGUUAGGUUAUUUAAAUAGUAUUUUUAACCCUUUUAUUUAUGGAUUUUAUAAUAAAGAAUAUGCUAAUGCAUUUAAGCAUAUUGUACUUAUGAAAGGAUGUAGAUAGUUAUCAUGUAUAUAUGUAUAUCAGAUUUUUAAAUUAUUUGAAUUUUCUUUUCUUUUCUCUUUAAUGUGUCGUCUAGUUAUGCAUAAUAUUGAGUCUUAAUAAAAGUUUGUUGUAUUAAUUCAGUGAAAACAAAAUAGUUUCUAACACACAUAUUUCAUUAAAACCAGUUUUUUCUCCUUUUUUUUAGUUUCCACCUCUACGUUUCUUAAUUAUAAAGUACCUCAUUAUUAACCCUUAUAAACUGUAGUAUCUUGUAAAUAAUAAAUAAAUUUUGUUCAGAAUAAUAUCAUGAUAGAAAUACUUCAAUUUGAAAUAGAUAAAACAGAAGUAAACUUAAAUAAUUAUUCACCAGGUGGUAAUCACUAUUAUAUUUGUUUAUU